AUGCCGCUAGUGCCGCAGGACGUAAGAGGAGUGAGUACCCGUGCUAUGUCAGAAGCGCAGCGUGUGAGGGAAGAGGGUGCUGCAGCUCAGACCAGCGAUGCAGAAGCCAAGCCUGUGCAGAUGGAUCUUCUGCUACAGCUGCGGCAAAUGAUGGCAGAACAGCUGCGUGAGCUGAAAGAAGAUCAAGCGCGCCGCCAAGAAGAGCAAGCACGCUGUCAGGCAGAACAGCUGCGGGAGCUGAAAGAAGAUCAAGCGCGCCGCCAAGAAGAGCAAGCGCGCCGCCAAGAAGAGCAAGCGCGCCGCCAAGAAGAGCAAGCGCGCCGCCAAGAAGAGCAAGCACGCUGUCAGUCAGAACAGCUGCGGGAGCUGAAAGAAGAUCAAGCUCGUCGCCAAGAGGAGCAAGCGCGUCGCUUGGAGGACAUGCAUAAAGAUUUCACGAAGGGACUGCAAAAGGCUGUCGAACGGGUACAAGAAGUGGAGGAAGGGUUAGGCAAGUUGAAACUUCGCGUCAUGGCGAUAGAGGAGAGACUGGAAGAAGAGAUCUCCAAAAUCAAGCAGGAAGUGACAAACCCAAGCCCUUUGAAGAGCCGAAGCCGUCUUGCAGCCGUUUUUGACGCCCCAAAUGCGGCCUUAAGCGCAACGAAAGGGCUCAAGAUUCCCCAUUACGACGGAACAACAUCCUGGACUGCGUUCAAGCUACAGUUUGAGACACUUAUGGAGGCUUAUGGUUGGACUCAGAAGGAAGCACAGUCAGCCCUUACCCUGGCCCUCCGUGAUCAAGCGCUCUCAGUGCUGGAAGCUAUCGGCGCAAGUGGGGAUCUCAGCUUUAGUGCCCUCCUCGACGCACUUGAAGCACGUUUUGGAGACAGCCACCUCGAGCACGUGUACAGAGCGCAAUUAAAAGAGCGUACUCAGCGUGCUAAUGAGAGCCUACAGCAAUGGUCCGUGGAAAUCGAGAAACUUGUACGUCGAGCUUUCCGGUCGACUCCGUCAAUGAUUGAAGGCACGCUUCUCCAAGCGUUCAUUGACGGUAUUCGGGACCCAGAAGUACGAGCUGCUGUUCAUCUGGGCCAUCACAAGAUCAUGAAAGAAGCUCUGGCCCAUGCAUUGGAAGUGGAAGCCGUGCGUGGCAACUCCCGUACCUUACGUCUGCGGGAAAUGACGACAACGGAGCAGGUACCUCCACGCCGUCGGAACUUCAUGUGCUAUGGAUGUGGAGAGCGUGGGCAAAUACGGAGCGACUGCCCGAAGAAGAUGAACCGCAAGGACGCGGCGAUGGAUGCAAUGGAUACGCAAACAGAACCCUUAGAUUUAUCAACAAAAGGCAAAAAAAUUAAUAAAAUGAUGAACAUAAUCGACUUUAAAUUCUUAGAAGGGCUUAAUAAUCAUCUAGUCAAGUUAUAUGAAAGAACGAGCUUGGUAUGUAGCAAGGAAGGUUACUGCCUGCCUCAAAAGACCACGAAUAUGAAGAAUAUACUUCCAUGUCAAGUUUGUUUGAAGACUUUUGACCGACCUUCGUUGCUGAAGAGGCAUAUGAGGACGCAUACAGGUGAAAAGCCACACAUCUGCAACGUGUGCAAUAAGGGCUUCAGCACGUCUAGCUCGCUUAACACGCACAGGAGAAUACACACCGGUGAAAAGCCACACAAAUGUCCUGAAUGUGGCAAAUGUUUCACUGCCAGUUCCAACCUGUACUACCACCGGAUGACACACACGAAGGUGGGUGGCACCAAACUAAGUGGUUAA